AUGCUUACUAUGAUUCCGAACACUGAUCAUACUUGUGGAAAUUACACACGUGUACCACCCAUUUACAAUUCUGCUGAGACAACUACAGCACAAGAUGUUUCUACUCAUUCGAAUGUGACUCAUGUUGUUUGUGGGAGUUCAGGUCCUUCUCGAAGAGGUAGACGAUCAAAUGUUCCACUUGAAAUCAGAGAGCAGACACGCCGAUUAAAGAAACAAAAUAUGGAACGUAAACGACGUGCAUGCAUCUCCGAUAAAAUGAAUGCUUUACAUAACUUGGCCAUUCAUCUACUUGGAAUUGAUCCCCAUGCAGAUCACAAAGUUGAAAAGGCUGAUAUCCUGAAUCUGUGUCACAGUGUGUUUGAGGGCGUUGCAAAUAUCGCCAAAGAGGAACCCGAAUUACGAGAACGGUUAAAAAGAUUACGCAAUACCUUGAAUGAAGUAUGCUUAUUUCGUACAUCGUCAUCAUCAUCCAAAAAGACUACAGCAGACGACACUUCCUCUUCAUAUACUGAUCAAAUUAUGCCAAAUACUUUGGAGUUGAAUCACCAAGAUAGGCAUUCGUAUAAACAACUUGGUGAUCAUCACUCCUAUAGUAACCAAGAUAGACAACACCCUCAAAUGAAUACUAUUCAGUCGUUCAAUACACCAUUAUCGCCAUUAUCAUCAUCAUACUCUAGAUCAAAUCGAAUGGAUUUCUGUCUAAAAGCUGAUGAAGACAAUAAAGAAAAUAAAGUAUCACAAUCUGUUGUUAGAAAGCGUUCAUUGAAUAAAAACUAUGCAUCAUCAGUUGCUGUAACUACUCUAACACCUUCUCUGGCAUCACCACCACCUUCUUCUGUUUGUUCGACUCCACUAAAAUGUUGCCAAUCGGUGAAUGUCACAUUUUCACAUGACAAUCGAAAAACAACUCACUGGCAAUCAACACCUCUACAAUCUGCCAAAAAAUCUUAUUCUUUAUUAAAUAAUUCUGAUAGUGGUUAUUUUGAUCACAGGGACUAUAGUAUCAAUGGUAGUCAAUCGAUGAGAUUAACACCAAAUACAUCUAACAUCAAUACAUUGUACAAACCAACAGAUAUUCAUGCUAAGUCUAUGCAUACAAAUGAUAUUUCUGUAAGAGGUAUAAGUGUUGUCCAAUCACCAUGUCGUUUAUUGACAGAUUCCACUAGGAAUACACCAUACUCAUCAUCAUCAUCAUCAUUGUUUGGCGAGAAUUUAUCAGCAUUCAGUGUACCGAGUAAAAGAUUGACCAGUGUCGCCAUGAAUAAUUCAUCAUCUUCACGUAGUAACUAUCGAAAUCCACAUCAUGAUGUUAAUACUAUGAUUACCACUACCUGUAUAAACAAUACCGUAAAUUGGACAUCGAUUCCGGAUACUACUAAGACUACAAUUAUUAAUAGUACACCGCCUAUGUGGAGACCAUAUUUAGAUUAA